UCUUGACGUCACUGAGGCGCCCUGACUCUCCAGAGCCGCUACUGCUGGCGAAAAGAUGACAAAAUCAGAUAAGCGUCCAACGCAUAAUUGACAAAAUACAUGUCAUUUUGUGGAAUUCAACUCCAUCCAACGUAGGAUUCGGCAGCUGUGCUGACCUGCUCCCCAGCAGACCCACAGGAAGACAGGAAGGCUCCUGCUGCGAGAGGACUAUCUGCACUGUUGCUCACUGAAGUGGAAAGCCAUGCACAUUUGGAUCCUCCUCUGUAGCUAAGGCUUGUGACAAGCACAUUAUACACAAUUGUUGGAGGCCACAUAGUUGAUAGUGGGCCACAUUUAAACAGUUCAGGUCCUUCACCAGUUCCUCCCGUCAGUUUCAUUAUCCACUUCAGACAACAUGUAUGGUAGCUCCCGCUCUGUUGGCAGAGGGGAUGCCAACCAUAGUGGUGGAAGGGAUGGAGGAGGCACUGGCUCUCAGGGAUCCGGCCGGUCUCCUCGCCUUCCACGCUCUCCCCGGAUGGGACACCGGCGAACCAACAGCACAGGGGGCAGUGGAGGAGGCCCCGGUGGCCCGGGAGGCAAGACACUUUCCAUGGAGAACAUCCAGUCUCUGAACGCUGCAUAUGCCACCUCAGGACCAAUGUACCUCAGUGAUAAUGAGGUCGCCAUGGCAGGUGAUCAUCUUCCCAAAAGUGGCGGGACAGUAACAACCAUGGGGAGACAGCGAGUGACAUAUGGGUCUAGAAGCAACAGCAGUGGAGUCGUGGCUGCCAGCACUCCUAACAUUUCCACAUCAGUGCCUGCCAAUGCUGUGCUGCCUGCUGGUAUGAUGGCAGGGGAUGCUCUAGCUUUUGGGGACCACCACAUGGCCUCCACUGUACCACACUCUCUGAGACAAGCCAGAGACAACACCAUACUUGACCUUCAGGCCCAACUGAAAGAGGUUCUGCGGGAGAAUGAAAUGCUCCGACGAGAAGUGGAGGUGAAAGAGAGCAAGCUAAGUUCCUCUAUGAAUAGCAUCAAGACCUUUUGGAGCCCGGAGUUAAAGAAGGAGCGAGCGCUUCGAAAAGAUGAAGUGUCCAAGAUAACUGUGUGGAAGGAGCAGUACCGCGUCAUACAAGACGAGGCACAGCACCUCCAGAUGACAGUGCAGGCCCUCCAGGACGAGCUGAGGAUUCAAAGAGACCUGAACCAGCUGCUCCAGCAGGACCCCGCCGGCCAAGGUCGCGACCUCGCCCUUUCAUCUGAACCAACCGAGGAGAACUACAGGCGGCUACAGGCUGAGUACGAGAGGCAGGCCAAGGAACUCUUCCUCCUCAGGAAAACGCUGGAGGAAAUGGAGCUGAGGAUCGACACACAGAAGCAAACCUUGGGUGCCAGGGACGAGUCUAUCAAGAAACUUCUGGAGAUGUUGCAGAGCAAAGGACCGUCUGCUAAAGCAUCAGAGGAGGACCAGGAGCGCACCAGAAGGCUGGCCGAUGCGGAGAUGCACCGGCAUCAUCUGGAAAGUUUGCUUGACCAGAGAGACAGAGAAAUCGGUGCACUCAGAGAAGAGCUGCACCGUCGAUACGAGGGAACUCCAGAGUCCACCAAAACCAAGGCUUUACAGACUGUCAUCGACAUGAAGGAUGCAAAAAUUAAUUCAAUGGAGCGAAACCUGCGGGACAUGGAGGAAGAGCUUCUUAUGCUGAAAUCAAACGGACUUCUGAGUUGUGAGGAGCGCCAAGAGGAGAUGAAGCAGAUGGAGGUCUACCGCAGCCAUACCAAGUUCAUGAAGAAUAAGAUGGAGCAGUUGAAACAGGACCUUUCCCGGAAGGACACUGAAAUUCUAGGACAGCGGACCAAACUGGAGACACUCAACAACCAGUUCUCAGACAGCAAACAGCACAUCGAAGUGCUCAAAGAGUCUUUGACCGCCAAGGAGCAGCGAGCUGCCAUCUUGCAGACAGAGGUGGAUGCUCUGCGGCAGAGGUUGGAGGAGAAGGAGGCGACGCUGAACAAGAAGAGCAAACAGAUUCAAGAGAUGUCAGAGGAGAAGGGAACUCUCAACGGGGAGAUCCAUGAUCUCAAAGACAUGCUUGAGGUCAAAGAGCGGAAAGUUAAUGUGCUACAGAAGAAGAUUGAGAACCUGCAGGAGCAGCUGAGGGACAAAGAGAAGCAGAUGAGCAGUCUCAAGGAGAGAGUCAAGUCUUUGCAGGCGGACACGUCCAACACGGACACCGCGCUCACCACGCUUGAGGAAUCGCUCGCAGAAAAGGAGCGCAUCAUUGAGCGACUAAAGGAGCAGCGAGAUCGAGACGACAGAGAAAGGACAGAGGAGCUGGAUACUACCAAGAAGGAGCUGAAGGAGUUAAAGGAGCGGCUGAGUCUGCUGCAGGGAGAUUUGUCGGACAGAGAGACUUCUCUGCUGGACCUGAAGGAGCAUGCUUCAUCUUUGGCUUCCUCUGGACUCAAGAAAGACUCCAAACUCAAAAGCCUGGAGAUCACACUUGAGCAGAAGAAGGAAGAGUGUCUUAAAUUAGAAAAUCAGCUCAAAAGAGCACAAAAUGCAGCACACGAGGCACAGGCCAACACCGAGCUGGCCGAGCGCAUCCAAAACCUCGAACAGGAAGUGGCCCGCCACAGAGAGGAUUCUGGGAAGGCCCAGGCUGAGGUUGACCGUCUGCUGGAAAUCCUACGGGAAAUGGAAAAUGAGAAGAAUGACAAAGACAAGAAGAUCAGUGAGCUGGAGACGCAGAUGAAAGACCAGACGAAGAAGGUGGCGUCUCUGAAGCACAAGGAGCAGGUGGAGAAGAGCAAGAACGCUCGACUCAUGGAGGAGGCCCGAAAGAGGGAGGAUAACAUGUCGGAGACUUCGCAGCAGGUGAAGGACUCGCUGCGUCAGAAGUCUGAGCGCAUCGAGGAGUUGGAGGAGGCCCUUCGAGAGAGUGUCCAGAUCACUGCUGAGAGGGAAAUGGUUCUAGCACAGGAAGAGGCUGCAAGGUCACUCCAGGAGAAGCAGACGUACUCACUCAAACUAAUGCAUGAGUCCAACCUCGCCCACUUAAAGUGGUCAAAGAUGGAGGAGCUGCUGGGGGCCAUGGAAAAGGUGAAACAGGAGCUGGAGUCCAUGAGAGCCAAGCUCGCCUCCACCCAACAGUCCCUGUGUGAGAAAGAAGCGCACCUGACCACCCUGCGAGCCGAGCGCAGGAAACACUUGGAGGAGGUGCUGGAGAUGAAACAGGAGGCGCUGUUGGCAGCCAUCAGCGAAAAGGACGCCAACAUCGCUCUGCUGGAGUUGUCCUCCUCCAAGAAGAAGAAGACGCAGGACGAAGUCUCUCUGCUGAAGCGUGAGAAGGACAGGCUGGUCCAACAGCUAAAGCAGCAGACUCAAAAUCGAAUGAAGCUGAUGGCAGACAACUACGAGGACGAACAUCUGAAGACGACCCCUGACCAGACGAAUCACAAACCCUCUCCUGAUCAGAUGAUCGCCCCUCUUCUAGCCUUGUCCCAGAACCGCAGUAAGCUCAAGCUCUACAUCGCCCACCUGACUGACCUCUGCCACGACCGGGACCCCAGCAUCCUCAGCCAGCUAACUCCGCCCACUCACUACGACCACAGUGACCCUGAAGACUGGGAGCAGGAGCUCCAGAAGAUGAGUGUGGAACAGUUGGAGCGGGAGCUGGAGGUUUGUGAGCGAGAGAGCGGGGAGCUGCAGGAGUACGCCAACUGUGUUCUCCAGCAAAUCGCGGACUACUGCCCGGAUAUCCUGGAGCAGGUUGUCAACGCGCUGGAGGAGUCCUGUUGACACGCUUCUCGUCUUCCGGUCCUCCUUCACACAUCCUGGGACACCCAACUUGGUUUGCCUGUUAAAACCAUUCAGAAUCAGUGGUAUAAACAGCAUCACUAUCCUUCACCUGUAAUCCAUGAGUAUAUUCAGUACAGCUAAGAAGAGUGGUCACUUUUGCUUCACUAGACGUUGCACAAUGGAGAUCAGGUGCAUGUGGAUUGAUGUCUCAGCUUUAGCACAAAUCCGCCUCUUCCCAGGAGAGGGGCGGAGCUUCAGUAUCAGCAGGAAUCUAGAUCAAGCACAGAUGCUGCACCUUUCUUUUCACCGCAUCCCUGUCGUGGACGGAAGCGUCGACCGUUUCUAGAGCAUUAUCCGACGAGUGGCUUUUAGAGUUGAACAAUUUGGAGCAGAGAGAGGGGAGGCACCCCGCCCCCUCACCCCCGUCACCCCCAGCCCCUCCCACCCUGGUGUUGAUGUAAGAUGGUUUUGCACACGUCCGUCUGUUAUGAGGUAUGCAAAUUUUCUGUUGAGAACGUUCUAGUGGCCUUGGAGCAUGCACAGAUCAGUACUGGACCUAGCAGAGGCGCGGCCUCCGUAACCUUGGUGCUACGGCAUGAUAUGAGAAUUUACAAUCGGAUCCACUGAUCAUUCUGAAAAUGAGGAAAAAAAAAAAAGAGCGUUGACCCUUGUGUUGAUCACAAACCGGUGAUCGUUUUUACUUUUUAUCUUCAGGGCUGAGGUUUUUAAUUACCUUCAACAAGGGUCUCCUUUUCGACACUUUGUAAAUACGGUGAUAUUUAAGCGUGCCGUGACUGACUCAAGGUAACCAAGUGGAAGGUGUCGUCCGUUCUUUCCAGAAAAAAAACAAAAAAAACAAAUCUGAAGAGCAGUGCAGUUUUCUCGUCUACUUUUGUCUGCGGGACAAAAAUGUCCGUGUGUGUGUGUGAGACAGUACUGCCAAAACUCGCAGAAAGUCUUGUUCUAUAAAGAUGAAUAUAUAAAUAUAACGCAUAUAUAUGAAAAUGUUUACUGUGGAUAUGCAUUGAAUGUUUGCACAGAAUCUAGAAGAGCGAGCCGCUCCGAACAAAAAUAGGUUUGGUGUCUCACCGUCGAGGGUGGAAGUGUCAAAAAAUACUAGUGUCAAAACGUGUUUGAUGGAGGAGGAUUUACGUUUCUUUAGAAAAUAAAGUUUUUCUUUUUUUUUUUUUUUUU